UUCACGGGCAUUGAGUCUGACUACAGAUUUCAGUUAUGAACGAAGCGUAUAAGAUGUCAGGAUGUGUAUGCAGAAACAGAUGAGAGGAUACAGCAAAUGCCAAGCCCAAGGUGCUACUGAAAACUGUUAAGAUAAUCUAUAAAACAUCAAAAUUCAAAGGAUGAUGGCACAUAUAUCUGAUGAGGAUGCUUAUGAUUCUGCAGAGGAGAUCAAAGAAAGCAACACUGAACAUGAAGAAGAGGUAGACAAAUCAAUGACAGACUCAAAGGGGAAAAUCAGCAAUUGUCUUGCACAUGUUGAUGAUGAUGAUGAAAAUGAUGAUGAUGAACAGGAUAUGUCAAGUGAAGAGGGAGAAGAGAUAGAUAAAUUGUCGACAGACUCAAAGGAGAAAAUCAAUAAUUGUGUGACAAAUGAUGAUGAUGAUGAAGCUGAUGAAAAUGAACAUGACAUGUCAAGUGAAAAUGAUGCAGAGGAAGAUGAAAAAGUAGAUGGACAAUCCAAGAACCACUUUGAAGAGGAAGGGAAGAGUUUCAAUAGUGGUGCAGAUGUGAAAGAAACACAAGGUAAAAAUAAUGGUGAUGAUAGUGAAGGUGAAAAACAAAAUAGAGAAUUGACAGAAUCUGAAGAUGGAGCCAAUAGUUUGAUGAAUUGUGUAUCUAAGGUCAACCAGACCACAGCUGAAGAUGAUGUUCAGAAACAUGAAGAAUUGUCUGCCCAAUCACAGGGGCUGUUAGAAGACAAUACCUACAUUUGUAAAAUCUGUACCAAGAUCUUCUCUCGCAAAAGCAGUUUCCAGUGUCAUAUGAGAAAACACAGAAAUAAAGACCGAUAUAAAUGUGAAAUUUGUGGAAAGUGUUUUGAUCGCCGGGCAAAUCUGGAGGGUCACAUCCGUAUACAUACAGGUGAGAGACCUUUUAUGUGUAGUGUAUGUGGAGAGGCAUUUAACCAGACGUCCACGUUACAGGGUCACAUGAGAGCACAUACCGGGGAUAAACCUUACAUAUGCACUGAGUGCGGCAAAGGUUUCAGCCACUCUAGUGAUCUGACGAGACACAUUAGAAUUCAUACUGGUGAUAAACCGUUCGUCUGUGACCAUUGUGGACGAUCGUUUGCUCAGUCAUCUUCUCUUAACAGACAUGUGCAGACACACUUGGGCGGACAGAUAAAACCGUACCAAUGUGACCAGUGUGAGCAGGCCUACACUUACGCCCACCAGCUGCAGAUCCACAAACGAACCCACACCAACUACAAACCUCAUCACUGCCAUAUCUGCGGAAAAGCCUUCAACCAGGUAAAAUACGUCACUAAACAUAUUCGCACACACUCAGACGUGAAGCCUUUUGUUUGCUGUAUUUGUGGCAAGGCUUUCAGUGACUCGGGCUUUCUACAGAGACAUAUGAAGAUACACUCGGGCGAACGUCCACACAGAUGCGAGGUUUGCGAGAAGACGUUCGUUCUCAAGGACAGCUUGAAGAAACAUUUCCGCCGCCACACAGGAGAAAGACCUUAUAAAUGUAGCGUGUGUGAGAAGGCUUUUGCUGACUCCUCGGCUUGCAGGAGACACGUCAGAAAGCACGAACAACUCUUAUCUACAGCAGUCUGUGUGGAAUAAUACAACAUUGUUUGGGCAUUGAUCUGUUGAUUAACGGGAUACUGUAUCGUUAUCAAUCUGUAUUAAUUAAUAGUAAGUUAAAUCAGUCUGUGUCAGGUAAUUAUUCCUUAUGUCUGCAUGAUCUGCAUCAAUUAAUAACCCAUCGUUUCUCCAUUUAAGACUUAAGUUAACUUAAGAUUAAUGUUUAAUACAAAAUGGUUUGUUGUCCUUAUUUAUAAUUAUGAGUCGAUAUAUUUAUAAAUAUGUAUUCAUGUUUAUUGUAAGCUAGCUUUUAAAAUACAAAGUUACAUGUAUAUGUCAGCACUAUU